CGGACCAUUUGGGCCCUCCGCGGCUGCCGUCGCGGCCGCUGCCGCGCGGCGCCAUGUUCGCGGAGCUGAACGAGCUGCUCAACGCCUCCCCGCAGAAGCUGGAGCAGGGUACAUUCACGCUGCUGCGAGACACCAGAACAGAUGGCAGCUUCCUGGUGCACCAUUUCCUCUCCUUCUACCUCAGAGCCGGCUGCAAGGUGUGUUUCGUGGCCCUGCUCCAGUCCUUCAGCCACUACAACAUCGUAGCGCAGAAGCUGGGCGUCAACCUCACGGCGGCCAAGGAGCGGGGCCAGCUCGUCUUCCUGGAGGGCCUGGGCUCCUGCCUCGACGUCGUCUUUGGCCAGGAGCAGCGGGAGGAAGAGCAGCAGGCCACACAGCCCCAUCCUCUGCAGUUCCUAAGCGGGAGCGUCUCUGACCUGCGGGCCCUGUUCACCUUCGUGCAGGCGGCGCUGGCGCCCGUCGACGGGGACGCGUGGCAGGGCCGCGUGCUGCUGCUCGACGAGCUGGGCGUCCUGCUGAGCCUGGGCGCCGCGCCGGUGGCCGUGCUCGACUUCGUGCACUACUGCCGCGUGGCCGUGUGCUCCCGGCUGCAGGGGAACAUUGUGGUGCUGGUCCACAGCAAUGAGGACUCGGGGGACAAGGAAAACGAGCUGCUCGUGACCGCCCUGAGCCACCACAGCGACCUGAUCCUCUGGGCCGAGGGCCUGGCCACCGGCUUCUGCAAGGACGUGCACGGGCAGCUGAAGAUAAUCCGGCGCACGUCGCUGCGGCCGGGCGGGGAGCGCGACAGCCUGCAGCUCUACCAGUACAAGAUCCAGGAGCGGAACGUCGCCUUCUUCGCCAGGGGGAUGUCGGCGGCCGUGCUGUGAAUCGGAGCGGGACGCGACGGAGGGAGGGACGGACGGCGGUGCAGGCAGGGCCGCUCCACCCUCGCGCCGGCAGCGAAGGCCGGGCCCGCAGGGAUGGGGACGGAGCGUGUCGCAAUCCCGGCCCUUCUCCUGCCUCUGGCGCC